AUGGUGAGAACGGUGCUCCCAAUCGAUGCGAGGAGACCGUCGUGGUUCUUGCUGCUCCUCUUGGCCUCCCACCUCACUACAGGCAUGGCGGACGAUACAACAUUGAGCGACCUCUCUACCGCCGCAGCAGCAGCCUCGUCGUCGCCAUCCCAGACCGUUCUCCAGUCCAGUACCGCGACUACUCCUCAAACGCCCCAAACCCACACCAUCCAAAUAGGUCUCCUGGAUCACAAGAUGCGGCCCGAAACGACUGAGGCCGCAGUAGGAGACUUCAUUCAAUUUGACUUCUAUCCACUCAAUCACAGUGUGGUCCGUGCCGAAUACGGAUUCCCCUGUGUACCCUACGAGAUGACUGGAACCGAUAAAAAAGGCUUUUUCUCUGGCUUUCGUCCUGUAGACCGGGUGCUAGAUCGUCCACCGGAAUACACCGUUCAGAUCAACGACACUGAGGCAAUCUUCUUCUACUGUUCAGCACCGGGCAGCUGCAUCACGUAUGGGAUGGUCGGCGGUAUCAAUCUGAACAGCAGUAUGAGCAUCGACAAGCAAAGGACAUUAGCUAUGGACUCAGCAUACAUGCUGCAACCUGGCGAGCCCUUUCCUGCUGAAUCACCCCUACCAAGCGGCAACCCAGCAUCCUCCGUUUUGCCUUCUCCAUCGCCCUCCACGUCCUUGAGCCCCUCAGUGAGCGUUUCCCACACCUCUGGCGGCCUGAGUAAAGGCGCCAUAGCCGGCAUCGUGGUCGCUGCCGUAUGUGCAGUCCUCUUUGGUGCCCUACUCUUUUUCUGCUGGGGCCGCACAAAGUCUCUUCGCGAAGCAAUCGACCGCAGAGACGGCACAGUCCGCCGCGUCAGCGCCAGUCCAAACCAAAUCAUGGAAUACAGCAAUCUACAUCACCACGUCCAGCCCCACCACGUACAUGACGCCAGCCACGCAGGAUAUCAAACCCCUGCUCCCCCUGCUGGGCAUCCUGGCAGCCCGUCCUCAGGCUACGGACACCAGCACCAGAACAGUGCAGGCACCGGCUAUCUCCCCACCAACCACCCUGCCAAGUACACGAGCUCCACAGCGACCCAUCCUGGCUACCACACUGUGAGUCCUGGAUCACCGCCGCCGGGAAGCAUGGGCCUGAAUGGACAUCCUUUCAUGCACUCCGCCGCCCACGAUCCCUCGUCGAGAGGCACGCCGGCACCCGGGUACUAUGAGACGUUUCCGCACGGCCAAGCGCAAGAGCAAGUCCGCGAACGCCCGGUCGAGAUGGAGGCCAUCACGGCUGUCAGUACGGUGGUGGACACAGAUGAGGUGAAUCGGGCGAGUAAGUUCUGA